AUGGAUCACAAUCCUCAGACAGAACUUUACGCUCAUUUGGUUAACUGUGGCCUUCUGACGCACAUAGGUCAAGGCGGGAAGGAAACCACAGACCUGCCUAAAGAUAUCAAAGAGGGCAAAAAGGAAUUAUCUCCUAAGCAGCAGGAAAGGCUAAAUGAAGCUAUUCGAAGCCUAGUUCAGCACAUAGAAGCAGCGGACGUCAGAGACUUGAAAUUGCCCGGAUAUACGGGAAGUGAACCAGUCAAUGACAUAGCCAACUUAAUCGUGACUUACGGAGUGGCAAACAGCGUAGAUCGAGCAGAAGAGGCUCACCAAAAGCUGAAGUCUUUGACCCAUGAAGGGGUGAAUCCAGAUAUGGACGUGGAUUCGUCAAACGUACCUGAAAGAUCUGCCGAUGAUCGUGAAGGUGCCAGAGAGAGUGCUGAGCAAAGUCUGCAUGAAGAUGCAUCGAAUGCGCAGGCAUCUGCCGCAGCUGGCUCUGAAGCAGCUCUAGGUAGAAAUGGGGCAACGCAACAGCCCAAUGUUUACAGAACUUCCGGUCUUGCCGCUCGCAAAUACUCACCAGUAAACUCAUCUAUCCUUCAACGCUGGCAAGAACAUAAUGCGUGCGUGGAGAUCACGGGUGACCAGCAUUUUACAGUCAUUCUUUUUCAAUAUAUGACAAUUAGGAGAGUAAGGAAAGAUGAAAACGAUGGAAAAGAAACAAUAGAGUAUUCGAGUCUAUAUGGUGUCCAGCGAAAAUAUAACAAGAAGUACUGUUAUGAACUUGCGAGACCCAAGGAGAUAUCGCAGGCAGGGAAGGAGCUAUGGGAAAGUAUAGACGAGCAGAAGAAGCUUGUUCUGAUCCCAUCUAAGCGACCAAAGUUCCGCGCACAAGACUACGGCGAGCUGAACUGGUUUUAUUUCGGCUGCUACAAAGUUCCUGAGUAUCGAAGGGAAGGAAAAAUGAAAACAUCUCCCACCACUAUUUGUCCUGUCGAGGUUUCUAAAAAGGAUGGUAUCCAAUUACUUAUAUUGUCGGAAGUCCAAGCUAUCGAUAAUAACGCAAGAAAAAUACUUGAAAUCACCUCUAAGAGAGAUGACGUACCUCCUCCGUGGAAGGCCAGAUCGAAAAAUACGAUAACUCCAGAUCCGAAAUGCCACCGGAAGGAAGAAGAAUCCGAUGCAACUGAUGAUACUGAUAAUGCAAUAGCUGCGCCUAGAGCGAAAUUGUCGAAGGAGCCUAGAGCAAAGUCAUCAAAGGAGCCUAGUUCCGAGGGAGCCGUUGGUAUCGCCAUGAGCGCGAUGGAUCUCGCUACUGACGCAAACACUUUAAUAAAAGAUCUCUCAAAACGUCUUGAUGAUGUAGAAAGUGCGGUAGGAAAAUUGCCGGAUGUGUUGGAACAAUUCAAACAGGACAUCAUUAAAGCAUUGUCUCCAGGCGGAAAUCCAAGGGCAAUCAGCACUCGAGAGCAGAAUUCUUUGCACUUUCCCUCGCCAUCUCCAGAAUCAAAUGAUUCGGACUAUUGA